AGCUGACUGAACUUCCUGCUAGCGUCGUGUUGUAGCUUCUCAUUCAUUGUAAGCUAAACUUUAAUAGCAUGUCUGCGAAACCAACUUGUUUAAUAGUGGCGAGCGCUUCUCCUCAAGGGGUGUCAGCCAAAUCUUUUCUUCAGUGCUUCAGUCUUUGUAGCACAGCGUUUAAUCUCCAGGUGGCCACGCCAGGGGGAAAGACCAUCGACUUUGUUGGAGUGGAUGAAAGCACGGCUCGAUGGGUGCAGGACUUCAACGUAAAAUCCUACGCAACACCAGCCAAACUCGAAUCCAUAGAUGGAGCCAGAUAUCAGGCGCUGCUCAUCCCAGACUGCCCCGGUGCGCUGCACGACCUGGCCAGCAGCGGCUCUCUGCACCGCAUUCUUACGCAGUUCAUCUCUCAGCAAAAGGCGGUAUGUGCCGUGGGUCAGGGCGUGUCAGCUCUGUGCUGUGCCACAGAUGGGCAGAGGUGGAUUUUCAGCGGUUACAGCUUAACCGGGCCGUCGGUGUUCGAACUGGUGCGGAAGCCCGACUUUGCCAAUCUGCCUCUGAUUGUUGAAGAUUUUGUAAAAGACAGCGGUGGGUCGUACACAGCAAGUGAAGAAGACGCCGUCCAUGUGGUCAUAGACAGACACCUAGUAACUGGACAGAACAUGCAGUCAACGUCCCUCGCUGUGAAUAAUCUAAUCUUGCUUUGUAACGCAAAAUAAAUGUUUUUGUACAACUCUUA